UACUGAACGAUAUGAAUAAUGAUUCACUGAGAAAACCAAUGCGAAUUUCGUUUCUAGUUUUCAUCGUUUUGAGAUUCUUCUUGCGUCGAGGAGGUUUGAGCCAAAGUGGAGAUUUUCAGAAAGGGAAGACUUCUGGUUUAGCUUGAAAAGUUUGACUAGAAGUCCUUUUGAAGUUCUUAUAUAAGGAAGAGCUUCCUAGCUUCAUUUAGCAUUCACUUAAGCCUCAGAGAAUUGUUCGCGCAAACCUUCUCUAGCAUCCAUUCCUUUCACUGGGUGAACUGAAUACUAUAGAUGGCUUCAUUUCAUUCAAGCAACAAGGACCUUGAUACUAAAGAGAUGGAUGACACACAGGGUGGAACAUAUAUCCACAAAGUGGGAGUUCCCCCAAAGCAAAAACUCUUCAAGGAGUUCAUGAACACUGUGAAAGAAACAUUCUUUUCCGAUGAUCCUCUACGGUCCUUCAAACAUCAAUCAAAGUCAAGAAAGCUCAUCCUUGGCAUGCAGGCCGUUUUUCCCAUACUUGAAUGGGGAAGAAAUUACAACCUAGUGAAUUUUAGGGGGGACUUAAUUGCUGGACUGACUAUUGCUAGUCUCUGCAUUCCUCAGGAUAUUGGAUAUUCAAAGCUUGCAAAUUUGGCUCCCCAAUAUGGACUCUACUCCAGCUUCGUUCCACCUCUGAUCUAUGCUGUCAUGGGUAGCUCAAGAGAUAUCGCCAUCGGACCUGUGGCAGUGGUGUCCCUCCUGUUGGGUACCUUGCUGCAGAAUGAGAUCGACCCCACUACUAACCCAGAAGAUUACCUGCGGCUGGCAUUUACGGCUACGUUUUUUGCGGGGAUCACCCAAGCCACCCUUGGAAUUUUGAGGAUGGGAUUUUUGAUUGAUUUCCUAUCUCAUGCUGCCAUUGUUGGUUUUAUGGGUGGUGCUGCGAUCACAAUUGCCCUCCAACAGCUCAAGGGUUUUCUUGGAAUAAAAAAGUUCACGAAGAAAACUGAUAUAAUCUCUGUUAUGGACUCAGUGUUUAGCUCAGCUCAAAAUGGAUGGAACUGGCAGACAAUAGUCAUUGGAGCUUCAUUUUUGACAUUUUUGAUAGUCUGUAAAUAUAUUGGAAAGAAGAAUAAGAAGUUCUUCUGGGUUCCAGCAAUUGCACCGCUGAUAUCCGUUGUUCUUUCCACUUUCUUUGUAUACAUAACUCGUGCAGACAAGCAAGGAGUUGAGAUUGUGAGGCAUAUAGAAAAAGGAAUCAAUCCUUCAUCUGUGAAGCAAAUAUUUUUCACUGGUGACUAUGUCGCAAAGGGUUUUAAGAUUGGCAUUGUGGCUGGCAUGAUAGCAUUAACAGAAGCUAUAGCAAUUGGAAGAACUUUCGCUGCCAUGAAGGACUACCAAAUAGAUGGAAACAAAGAAAUGGUUGCUAUGGGAACAAUGAAUAUUAUUGGCUCAUUCACAUCCUGCUACGUUGCAACAGGUUCAUUCUCUCGCUCAGCGGUCAACUACAUGGCUGGUUGCCAAUCUGCAGUCUCUAACAUCAUUAUGUCCGUUGUUGUUUUCCUAACCUUGCAAUUCAUUACUCCUCUUUUCAAGUAUACCCCAAAUGCCAUUCUUGCCGCCAUCAUUAUAUCUGCUGUGAUCAACCUAAUCGACUUCCAAGCAGCAAUCCUCAUAUGGAAGAUUGAUAAAUUUGAUUUUGUCGCUUGUAUGGGGGCCUUCUUUGGAGUGAUCUUUGCAUCUGUGGAGAUAGGCCUGUUAAUUGCGGUCACAAUUUCCUUUGCUAAAAUCCUCUUACAAGUCACCAGGCCACGGACUGCAUUGCUCGGGAAGAUUCCUAGCACAACUGUGUAUAGAAACAUCCAACAAUACCCAGAAGCAACCAAGGUUCCGGGAGUAAUGAUUGUACGGGUGGAUUCUGCCAUUUACUUUUCCAAUUCCAAUUACAUUAAGGAGAGGAUAUUGAGAUGGCUGGCUGACGAGGAAGAGCAGCUAAAAGCAGCCUACCUACCAAACAUUCAAUUUUUGAUAGUGGAAAUGUCACCCGUGACCGACAUUGAUACCAGUGGCAUUCAUGCUCUGGAAGAGUUACACAAGAGUCUCCAAAACAGAGGCAUUCAGCUUGUUCUCGCAAAUCCCGGUCCGGUGGUGAUCGACAAGCUUCAUGCAUCCCAUGUUGCAAACUUGAUCGGUGAAGACAGAAUCUUUCUCACAGUUGCAGAAGCCGUCUCAUCCUGUUCACCAACAUUGGUAGAAGAAGCUUGAGGAUGAACAUUAUUGGAUAUGAUGGUUCAUGGUUGUAUUGAGAGAAAUGGAAUUGGCAAAACAAGUAUGCAUUAUUGUUGAAAAUAGAAAGGGAGUUGCAUAACAAGUCCAGAUUAAUCAAGGUGAUGGUGGGGAAGCCAAUUAUGAAAGUGGUUUAGGUGAGACUGAGAGUGCAUGCCUCCUUGGUCCAGUCCAAGUAAAAAAGAAAAGAGAAUGAUAUAAAAAGGUGGACAAAGGUGCACUAUGCCACUAUCUCAAAUGUAUUGUUUAACUUCCCA